UGCGCCUCAAAGUUGGAUGCUAACCACUGGGGAGGAAAAAAACAGAGGGAGAAGAGAAAUGGGUUUCAUUCACUGUUACUGAAUGUGUUUAUUCUCUUACUAACUAACCGAGCUGUGUUGUUACUUUUCUUUUAAUCGGCUCUUUGCUUUCACAGAUAAAUAUAAGUCACCCCGUUCACAUUCAAAAACAACUCGAAUAAAGAUGGAAGCUCCGCCAGUCACAGUGAUGCCUGUCACCGGGGGCACGAUCAAUAUGAUGGAGUACCUGCUGCAAGGCAGUGUGUUAGACCAGGCCCUGGAAAGCCUCUUGCAUCGCCUUCGAGGUCUAUGUGACAACAUGGAACCGGAGACCUUUACAGAUCAUGAACUGGUUUAUCUUCUGAAAGGCCAACAAGGAAAUCCUUUCAUUCUGCGUGCCCGUCGCUCACUCUCCCACCCCACAUCUCCAUGGCACCUACGUUACUUAGGCCAACCUGAAGUCGGAGACAAGAGCCGCCAUGCUUUGGUGCGCAACUGUGUGGACGUGGCUGGCUCUCACAGCCUGCCAGAGUUCCUCAAUGAGAUGGGCUUCCGCAUGGACCAUGAGUUUGUGGCUAAUGGGCACAUAUUCCGCAAAGGUGCAAUGAAAAUUGUGGUGAGUAAGCUGUCACGUAUCCUGGUACCGGGGAACACGGAGAACACAGAGCGUCUGUCGCUUUCAUACCUGGUGGAGCUGAGUGUGUUGGCUCCUGCCGGUCAGGACACUGUGUCAGAGGACAUGCGCAGCUUUGCUGAGCAACUCAAACCCCUGGUUCACCUGGAGAAGAUUGACCCCAGCAAACAGAGACACUGAAUGACAUUGUUCAGAGGGUCAACUCUGACUACCAUGGACAAAUCAGACCUCCUAUUUUUCAUUUUUAUAUGAUAUUUUUACCUAAAAUUAAACACUUGACUCAACAGUUA